AUGGCCGACGGAGCACCACUGUGUAUGCCUGUGUUCCUAAUUGUUUGGGCUUUACUGCUGUUUGACCCAGCGAGUGAGAGUCUGAUGCCGCUUCUGAGUCUGUUCUCUAUAGUGCAGAGUUAUACCUGGAGGAGGAUAGCUUUAUUUUUGGCAGAGAGGGCCAGAACUCUGUGCCAGUAUUUGUUCAGGAGGAGAACCCUGAUUUUACAGACCCUGGCUUCUGUUAUGCAAAUGAGUACCGCGGCCGAGCGAAGAAUGUGGACCAGAGACCGCCCUCAUGGUGAUGUUUUCAUGGAGACUGUAGAGUCUUAUCAAGAUGAGGAGUGGAUGACCCACUUUCGCAUGUCACGUCCAACGUUCCAAUACCUGCUGGACCUACUCACCCCUGCACUUACUAUGCAGACCACCCACUACCGGACACCCAUCCAACCAAGGAGGAGACUGGUGAUUGCGCUGUGGUGGUAUGCUACGCCAGGAGAGUACCGCACAAUCUCCUGUUUGUUCGGUAUUGGGAUCUCCACUGUCUGCAGUGUUAAACACCAGGUGACGAAGGCUAUACUGGAUACACUAUACAAAAGGUUUAUCUGCUUACCGCAAGGGCAGCGCCUAGAUGACACCAUCCAAGGCUUUGUGCGGCAUGGGUACCCUCAGUGUGCCAGUGCCAUUGAUGGGACCCAUACCCCCAUCAUUUCCCCCCGUGACAACCCGGUGGAUUAUUAUAACCGCAAGGGAUGGCAUUCCAUUGUCUUAGAGGCUGUGGUCGACCAUAAAUACUGCUUCACUGAUGUAUAUAUUGGCUGGCCUGGGCGAGCACAUGACGCUCGUGUUCUUGCCAACUCCGAUUUGUACAAGAUUGCGGAGUACAAGCAGGGUGGAUGGCUUUUUCCCAGAGAGAAAUCAAAGACUGUGGAUGGGGUGGACAUCCCAGUCCACAUUAUUGGGGAUGCAGCCUACCCUUUACGGCACUGGCUAAUGAAGGGGUACACCCAGCAUUUGCAGCUGUCUCCCAUCCAAGUGGCAUACACCCACACUCUGAGUUCGGCAAGGAUGGUCGUGGAGAAUGCCUUUGGCUGCCUGAAAGGACAUUGGCGCUGCCUCAUGAAGAGGAAUGAUGUUGACCUCAAGUUUAUGCCCCAUGUAGUAGCGGCCUGCUGUGUCCAUCACAACAUAUGUGAGCUGCAGAAGGAACAGUUUCCAGAGGAGUGGACUGUGAAGGACCCUGAAGUGACACCCUCUAGUGUAGAUUCGGAGGCGUUUGUUGGGCAACAUUCUUCCAGUGCCAAACUCAUUAGGGAAACCAUUUGUACCCACCUCAACGAGAUGUUAAAUGAUUGA